AUGGCUGGGGAGCAGCCUCCUCUCAAGGAGGAGUCGCUGCCUAGCACGGCAAACUCGGCGACGGCAAAGGAGCUUGGUGAGCAAUUGGAUUCAAACUCUGUGGAGACUCAGGUUGAAGGUGAUCGCUCUUCUAAGGAACUUGCCAGAGUUCAGACGGGCGUCUCUGUUGAGCAAGCUGAGGCUCACUUUGCCGGUCUGCAGCGCGAGUUUACUGGUGUUUCUCGAGCGAGUCGCAAGAACAAGCACCAAUCUACUUCCGACCCCGAAAAGGGGGCCACUGUCACAGCAGAGGAUGAUGACGUCUCUCUCUUCGACUUAGAGACUGCUCUCCGAGGCGAUCUUGACGCCAGCACCGAGGCCGGAAUUCGAUCGAAACAUAUCGGAACCUGCUGGGAUGGUCUGACCGUCAAGGGUAUCGGCGGCUUCACCAACUUUGUCAAAACCUUCCCCGAUGCCAUCAUCGACACCUUCAACGUCAUCUCUCCACUGCUAAGCAUGGUCGGCCUAGGCCCGAAGUUUACUGAGGCUACGCUGCUUGAUGGCUUUCAGGGCGUGUGCAAGCCAGGAGAGAUGAUUCUGGUUCUGGGAACUCCAGGCUCUGGUUGCACCACCUUCCUCAAGGCCAUUGCUAACCAGCGAUAUGGAUACACUGGAGUCCAUGGAGAUGUCUUUUAUGGUCCAUGGACUGCGCAAGAGUUCAAGCGAUACCGUGGUGAAGCCGUCUACAAUGCUGAAGACGAUGUGCACCACCCUACGUUGACUGUUGAGCAGACUCUGGGAUUCGCUUUGGAUGUCAAGAUGCCUGCUAAGCGACCUGGCAACAUGUCCAAGACUGAAUUCAAGGAGCACAUCAUCACUCUGCUACUCAAGAUGUUCAACAUUGAACACACUAGAAAGACCAUUGUUGGUGAUGCCUUCGUUCGUGGUGUGUCUGGUGGUGAGCGAAAGCGUGUCUCCAUCGCGGAAAUGAUGAUCACAAACGCUUGCAUUCUCUCUUGGGACAACAGCACUCGUGGUCUCGAUGCCAGUACUGCCCUUGACUUUGCAAAGAGUUUGAGGAUUCAGACGGAUCUCUACAAAACUUGCACCUUUGUCUCUCUGUACCAAGCUUCCGAGAACAUCUACAAGCUCUUUGACAAGGUCAUGGUGAUUGAUGAGGGACGACAAGUCUACUUUGGCCCUGCAAAGGAUGCACGUGCCUAUUUCGAAGGCCUUGGUUUCCUGCCGCAGCCAAGACAGACGACUCCUGACUAUGUUACUGGCUGUACUGACGAAUUCGAGCGUGAAUAUCAACCUGGAAGAUCUGCAGAAAACGCCCCUCACAGCCCAGACUCACUCAGGGAUGCAUUCAAGGCAUCGCCUUACCAGAAAAUGAUUGAAGAUGAAAUUGCCGAGUACAAGGCAAACCUUGAGCAUGAAAAGCAGAAGCACGACGAUUUCUUGGUUGCCUUUAAGGAAGGCAAACGUGGCACAUCUAAGCGAAGCCCCUAUCAAGUCGGUUUCCAUAUCCAAGUCUGGUCUAUCAUGAAACGACAGUUUAUUCUCAAGCUCCAGGAUCGAUUUAACCUGAUCGUGGGCUGGAGUCGCAGUAUCCUCGUCGCCAUCGUUCUCGGAACCCUGUAUCUGAAUCUCGGUCAAACUUCCGCCAGUGCUUUCAGCAAGGGUGGUUUGUUGUUUGUAGCACUCCUGUUUAACGCUUUCCAGGCCUUCUCAGAAUUAGGAGGAACAAUGUUGGGGCGUCCACUGGUCGCAAGACACAAGGCAUACGCAUUCCAUCGACCUUCGGCUCUCUGGAUUGCCCAAAUCUUUGUGGAUCAAGCGUUUGCAGCCAGUCAAAUUCUUGUCUUCUCCAUCAUCGUCUAUUUCAUGACAGGCCUAGUUCGAGAUGCCGGCGCAUUCUUCACCUUCUAUCUGAUGAUUCUCUCUGGUAACAUUGGAAUGACGCUCUUUUUCCGAAUUCUUGGCUGUGUCAGCCCUGAUUUCGACUCUGCCAUCAAGUUUGCCGUCGUUAUUAUCACGCUUUUCAUCACCACGUCCGGAUAUCUCAUUCAGUAUCAAUCCGAAAAAGUCUGGCUUCGCUGGAUCUAUUGGAUCAAUAUUUUGGGCCUCGCAUUUAGCUCUUUGAUGGAGAAUGAGUUUGAGAGAAUUGAUCUCACCUGUACCGCCGAAUCGCUUAUUCCAUCCGGUCCUGGAUAUACUGACAUCAACCAUCAAGUCUGUGUUCUGCCUGGUUCAAACGCUGGCACAACCUUUGUCCGAGGCCGUGACUACAUCUCUCAGGGUUUCGAUUACCUUCCUGGCGACUUGUGGCGCAACUGGGGUAUUGUCAUGGCGCUGAUUGUGUUCUUCCUCUUCCUAAACGUGCUCCUUGGUGAGAUCGUCAAGUUUGGCAUGGGUGGAAACAGCUUCAAGGUUUACGCAAAGCCUAACAAGGAGCGAGAAGAAUUGAACAAAGCCUUGGCCGACAAGCGCGACGCCAAGCGCAAGGAUAGAUCUAACGAGGAAGGUUCUGAGUUGAUCAUUAACUCGACUAGCGUUUUGACUUGGGAGAGCCUCAACUACGAUGUGCCUGUCCCCGGUGGUACCCGACGUCUUCUCAACAACGUUUUUGGAUAUGUGAAGCCAGGUGAACUUACCGCCUUGAUGGGAGCGUCUGGCGCUGGAAAGACCACACUCCUCGAUGUCUUGGCAUCUAGAAAGAACAUUGGUGUCAUCUAUGGCGACGUUUUGGUAGAUGGUGCCAAGCCCGGAAAGCAAUUCCAACGAUCCACCUCCUAUGCUGAGCAGCUCGAUGUUCAUGAGCCCACUCAGACAGUCCGUGAAGCUCUUCGAUUUUCUGCUGAACUCCGCCAACCUUUCGAAACCCCUAUCCCCGAGCGCCAUGCAUAUGUGGAAGAGAUCAUCUCUCUGUUGGAAAUGGAGAACAUUGCCGACUGCAUCAUCGGAUCCCCUGAAGCUGGCUUGACCGUCGAACAGCGCAAGCGUGUGACCAUUGGAGUUGAACUUGCCGCCAAGCCCGAAUUGCUCCUGUUCUUGGAUGAGCCUACUUCCGGUUUGGACAGUCAGAGUGCCUUCAAUAUUGUUCGUUUCCUGAAGAAGCUGGCUGCCGCUGGGCAGGCAAUUCUCUGCACCAUCCACCAGCCCAACGCUGCGCUUUUCCAAAACUUCGACCGUCUUUUGCUGCUGCAGCGAGGAGGACGCACUGUCUACUUUGGCGAUAUUGGCAAGGAUGCUGCUGUUCUGCGCGCCUACCUGGCACGCUAUGGUGCCGAAGCUGCCCCUACCGACAACGUUGCAGAGUAUAUGCUUGAUGCCGUCGGUGCCGGUAGCAUGCCCCGAAUUGGUGACCGUGACUGGGCUGAUAUCUGGGAAGACAGCCCUGAAUUUGCUCAUACCAAGGAUGUCAUCAUCGAGCUGAAGCGAGAGCGCAUGGCCGCUAACCAGGCAAGCCCCGGACUUGAAAAGGAGUACGCCUCUCCUCUUUACCACCAGAUGAAUGUUGUUGUCCGACGCAUGUUCCGAGCUUUCUGGCGCUCGCCCAACUACCUGUUUACUCGCCUGUUUGCCCACAUUGCUGUCGCCAUUAUCACUGGUCUCACGUAUCUCAACUUGGACAACUCGAAGUCUUCUCUUCAGUACAAGGUCUUCGUCAUGUUCCAGAUCACAGUGUUGCCCGCCAUCAUCAUGUCGCAGGUCGAAAUCAUGUACGCCAUGAAGCGUGCACUCUUCUUCCGCGAAUCCUCGUCCAAGAUGUACUCAACCUCUUCGUUCGUCACGGCCAUCAUUCUCGCUGAGAUGCCUUACUCUGUCCUCUGUGCGGUCUCGUUCUACCUGCCCUUGUACUUCAUGCCUGGCUUCCAAACCGACCCCUCGCGUGCCGGUUUCCAGUUCUUCAUGGUUCUCAUCACAGAACUGUUCGCUGUCACCCUGGGCCAAGGUCUCUCCGCGCUUACUCCCUCACCUCGUGUCUCUACCCAGUUUGAUCCUUUCAUUACCAUUGUCUUCGCUCUCUUCUGUGGUGUUACCAUUCCGUAUGCGCAGAUGCCCAAGGGCUGGCGUGUCUGGCUCUACCAGCUCGAUCCUUUCACUCGUCUCAUCGGUGCUUGUGUUACCACUGCACUACAUGGACUCGAAGUCGUUUGCAAGCCCAGCGAGCUGAACAGAUUCACCGCCCCUAACGGUACAACCUGCGGCGAGUACAUGCAGCCUUUCUUCGAAAGGGGUGCCCCGGGAUAUCUCGUUUCCAACAGCACCUCAGACUGCGAGUACUGCUCAUACAAGGUUGGCGAUGAGUUCUACACACCAUUGAGCUUGAGCUUUGACCAUCGCUGGAGAGACUUGGGUAUCUUCCUCUGCUUCGUCGUCAGCAACAUUACCAUUCUCUAUCUGGGUAGCCGAUUCGUCAACUACAACAAGAGGUAA